AUACAUUGUUCUAACAAAUUAAUUAAUGGCUUCUUUUAGUAGAGCAAUUUGCUCAUUCUUUGCCUUGCUCUGCUUCCUCCUCCUCCUAGCUAUAAUCACAGAAGCUAGGAAUAUAGAAAAUACUAAUAAUGUAGAUUUUGUUAGAACAAGAGGUGCACAUUUUGUACUAAAUGGAGCACCUUUUCUGUUCAAUGGUUUCAACUCUUAUUGGCUGAUGCAUGUUGCUGCUGAGCCAACUGAGAGGUACAAAGUCUCUGAAGUUUUCAAGGAAGCCUCUGCUGCUAGCCUCUCUGUAUGCAGGACUUGGGCUUUUAGCGAUGGAGGCGAUGCAGCAUUGCAGAUUUCUCCUGGUGUCUACGAUGAACGUGCUUUUCAGGCCUGA